AUUCAAAUUCGUAAUUUAAAAAUUCGAGGUAAACCUUCAUUCAAAUAAAACAAUCAAAUGAUUAAUUAAAUAUUAUGACAUGCAAGAAGUCGUAUUGAUAUUUUUAACAUCAAAUUAUUUAUUAUCAUAGUUAAACCGCCAUUCAAACUUAAUACGUAAUUUGGAGUUUGUGUUGGACAUGUUUUAAAUUUGCCUCUUAAAUUUUAGUACACCGCUUCGAGCUGUAGAUGACUGUCUAGUCGAUUUCCUUUCGCGUAGAUGAAGUUAACGUAAGCGUGGCUAAUCAAGGUACAAAGAGAAAAAUGAGCAGCUCAGAGGAGGUAUCGUGGAUUUCUUGGUUUUGUGGAUUACGGGGAAAUGAAUUUUUUUGCGAGGUUGACGAAGAUUAUAUACAGGAUAAAUUCAAUCUUACAGGAUUAAAUGAACAAGUGCCACAUUAUAGACAAGCUUUAGAUAUGAUUUUAGAUUUGGAACCAGACGACGAAUUAGAUGAUAAUCCAAACCAAUCUGACUUAAUCGAACAGGCUGCAGAAAUGCUUUACGGUUUGAUUCAUGCUAGGUAUAUAUUAACGAAUCGAGGUAUCGCCCAAAUGAUAGAAAAAUAUCAAUCUGGAGAUUUCGGUUAUUGUCCUAGAGUUUAUUGUGAAUCACAGCCUAUGUUACCCUUAGGUUUAUCUGAUGUCCCGGGUGAGGCUAUGGUAAAAUCUUACUGUCCAAAAUGUAUGGACGUAUAUACACCAAAAUCAUCUAGACAUCACCAUACGGACGGUGCUUAUUUUGGUACUGGUUUUCCUCAUAUGUUAUUUAUGGUACAUCCUGAAUAUAGACCUAAACGUCCUACAAAUCAAUUUGUUCCUAGGUUAUUCGGCUUCAAAAUUCAUCCUCUGGCAUAUCAGCUUCAGCAACAAGCUGCCUCGACGUUCAAGACCCCAUUGAGGACUCUCAACUUCAACAACGGCAAACGUUGAAAACCAAAAUCUUGAACACUUAUUAAAUUAUAACCGAGUGGUCUGUACAAUAUAGUUUAAAUGGUUUUUUUUUGAAGGAAUUACAUUUUUCUGUUGAGUGUUUUUCUUGUUUUCUAGUUAAUGUAUAAUUUUUAUUUGUAAGUGUACGUUGAACAUUCUCGCAAUAUCAUUUCCAAUAAACUGUACAGUAAACGAGAUAUAUUCCUUCAGUGAUGGUAAAAUUUUGCAGUUUUACUAGAAGUUAGGUAAAUUUUCACCAGUUUAAAUACACUGAAAAAAAUAUGUGGUGCUACCCGAUGAAUAUUGGAAGAUAUUGAUGCUUGGUAUGCCCGGAUAAUAUUUUUUUGAACCUACGAUGACAAUUUUUGGUUUUCGAUAAAUGUUAUCUUCUCUCUGGUGAAACACAUCCAUUUUGGUGUAUUUUUUUCACCAAAUCUCCAAUGCUAGUUCUCCAAUUUGAUUUCUGGAGUUGAAAUUGGUAUCCCAUCAACUUAUAAGUUACCAUUACGGUAUAAAACUAAAUUUUAGCUCUCUAAUUCUAGUUUUUGUUCCAUUUCUGGAUGCAAUAGUAUUUCAUUCUCAAUACUAGCUCUUACUGCUUGGUCCUUUUGUGAUUUCGUGAUGCAGUAUUGAAAAUUCAGCAAGUUGAUACCUUUUAGACUGUUAUUAAGGUCUAGAGCUCAAUUCCAGCUCUCAUAGCUUGAUCCUUUUCGAUCUACGGAUGCAGUAUCCAGAAUUCAGAAUUCUGAGAGCUCCUAGGUUGACAUUAAGUUCAAUUCAAGUUCAAAAUGGUUAUUCCUCUUUGGUAUCUGGAUGCAGUUUCCAGAAUUCAGGACCUUGAGAGUUCCUAUGUUGUCAUUUAGCUCAAUUUAAUUGAGAAUUCAGCAAAUUUGGAGCCGAUGCACCAUCAUUAUGGUAUCUAGCUCAACCUCUUCCAUUUUCUAACGCAGUAAUCACAAUUUGGAACCUAUAAAGCUCCUAAUUUGUCAUUUGGGUCAAUUUAAUUGAGAAUUCAGCAAAUCGGGAGCCGAUGCAUAAUCAUUAUCGACCGAUAAUCAAAAAGAGCCAGUGCUUCGGUUAGAAUGCAUUUAAACUUAGAUCUGACUCAGAUUGUGAUCGUGAAAUAAUAAAUGUGCUUCGUUGGUCUUAUAUUUCAGUGGGAAAUCGAAGUUACCAACAGUCUCUGCUCUAAUUUCUAGUAAAAUUUCAAAGCUUUUCAAUGAUAAAAAAAUUCCAUCGGACAAAACUAAAUAGACCAGCCGAAAUUAUUUUUUUAAUAGGUAGAAUUUAGUAUAAUUAUUUAUGUUUGUUACGAGCUACCUUGUUCUCAAUAUACAGAGUGUUUCACUAUUACGUACCGCCAUGUGUGUUAAUAGCAAAUCUGUUUUCCGAUGAUUCGAAAAUGCUUUUAUUUUUGUUUUAAUAGGUCAAUUGAUAUUGGAUAGCUCUGUAAGAAAUUUUAAGUUUAAGUAAAUUAUACACUGAA